AUGAGUCUAGUGAAGAUCCCUUUCGUCAUAGCUCCGGCCAUUGGCAUACAUUACUCGGCCAGUUCUCCUUCUCAGCCACCAUCAAAGGAAGAGAAAGUGGUACCUUCCACCUCGUUGGAAUUCUUCACCAGAAGGGUUUUCGAACUUCACGGUUUAGAUUUCAUAAAGGGCUGCACAUGGGCAGCAUCGUCUGCUGAAGUGGCAAACAUCCUCGUCACCCAUGUGGAUCCCUCGCAAGUUCCAGAGUAUGGAGCUAGAGUUGUGCAACUUUUGCGCGCUCUUCACCCCACGCCUAUAACACCGGUAUUCCUUGCCGGUAGUCUUGCUGUCACAGUUGGCGGCUUUUUCAGACUUUAUUGUUCAUCAACAUUGGGAAAGCAAUGGAGCUUUCCACUCAGUAUCAAGAAAGAACACCGGCUUGUCACAAGUGGGCCGUAUUCGAUCGUCCGCCACCCAAGUUACACAGGUUACCUUCUCCAAUACGUCGGGAUCAUUGCCAUGUAUGUAAGCAAAGGGUCGUGGAUGAGAGAGUCUGGAGUUCUACAGGUGCCUGUCGUGAAAGUGGUAGCAGGUUCCUGCUUCUUUUUGCUCACAGUAUUUGUUGGGACUGUCAUUCACCGGCCUGCUGUAGAGGACAAGAUGCUCCAGCGCGUUAUGGGAGACGAAUGGAUGAAUUGGGCGAAGAGGGUGAAAUACCGAUUGAUUCCUGGAAUUUAUUGA